AUGGAGAAAUACUUGCGCUCUUGGAGACAGGAUGCGCUGAAUCGUAGUCAGCACGAUGCUGCCGUCUACAUCGGCGACAAGCUAUACGCGCUCACCAACAGUGACUCGGAUGCAUUUUGGCUUGCUCAGGUUCAUUUUUCAAAUAACAACUUCACGCGUGCUCUCGCACUUCUUUCUCGCCAAAAUCUCAUCGCAAGAAGCAGUUCUUGUCGCUACCUCGCCGCGAACUGCUAUAUCAAGCAGAAUCAGUUCGACCAAGCUUUAUCCAUUCUCGGCGACCAAAACCCUACUGACCUGAUCCGGAGUCACAACAGCCGUCGCAAAAUACAACACCUCAAUGGCCAAAGUCAUGUAACGCUUCGGAAUGGAAAGCACACUGGAACACAAGAGGAUCGCGACAAAGAAGAAGGAAACCAUGUCCGGUUUGAGGCGGCCAUGUGCUAUCUGAGAGGUCUUUGCUUUGCUAAGCAAAAUGCCUUUGAUCGUGCGCGCGACUGCUACAAGGAUGCAGUUCGAAUCGAUGUGCAGUGUUUUGAGGCUUUCGAUCAGCUCAUGAAGAAUUCACUUAUGUCACCAACAGAGGAGUUGGAGUUUCUCGAAUCAUUGGACUUUGACUCCAUCUCGUGUCCAGAUCCGACCAUGGCUCAGGAAGCGGCGCAUUUUACGAAGAUGCUCUACACGACCAGGUUAUCCAAGUAUUCGGCGCCGGCCCUCUUGACUGACGCAACUGAAACGCUGUCCACGCACUACAAUUUGUCACAAAAUUCGGACAUAUUGCUCUCGCGUGCCGAAGCUCUCUAUACUCAAUGCCGCUUUGCAGAGGCCCUCGAAUUGACUUCCUCUAUCCUGACGACCUCACAGGCAGCCGAGCUGAACAGUCCCACCGGGGCCGGAACCACUGCGUAUACCCAUUUGGGCCAUGCCCCCGCGAUCUACCCGCUCCAUCUAGCCUGUCUGUACGAGACAGGAGCCACCAACGCAUUGUUCCUUCUUUCUCAUAUGCUUGCCGAUCAUGCCCCUGAGGAACCUUACACUUAUCUGGCCAUCGGAGUCUACUAUCUGGCUGUUGCCAAAAUUGCAGAAGCUCGUCGAUUCUUUUCCAAAGCAUCCCUAUUGGAUCCUCAUUCAGCGCCUGCUUGGAUCGGCUUCGCUCAUACAUUUGCAGCCGAGGGUGAACAUGAUCAAGCCAUUGCCGCCUACAGUACAGCAGCGCGGCUUUUCCAAGGAAGUCAUUUACCCCAGCUCUUCUUGGGAAUGCAGCAUCUUGCUCUGAACAACAUGGGGCUUGCGCACGACUAUUUGUGGGCAGCGUAUUCCAUGUCGACGGGCGCUGUGCCGAGCGCAACUCCUGCAUUACCGCCCAAUCCUACCGACUCAGGAGCCGGGGGCGACCCUCUGGUGCUGAACGAGCUUGGUGUGGUAUUUUAUCACCAAAACAAUCUCUCCGCUGCCGUCGAGAUGUUCCAGCAAGCAUUGGACCUUGCCGCGUCUCUUCACAGCGAGCCAGCUGCGUGGGUUGCGACACGCGCCAACAUGGGCCACGCCCUCCGUCGCCUCGGUCGUCUGCAGGAAGCUCUCGAAGAAUUCCAAGAAUGUCUACGCAUCGGUGCUGGGGGGACCAGUCUUGGAUAUUCGCCAUUCUUGGGUGGGGGUGCAGGUGGCGCAGCAACGGCGUCAAGUGCAGCGGGGGUUGGAGGCUACGAAGACAGGGGGCUGAUUGGAUCUUUGCACACUUCUCGGGGAAUCAUUCUCAUGGAGUUGGGUCGCACAGGAGAUGCUGUCACUGCUUUACACGAAGCCGUACGUGUGCUUGGGGCUGGUGGAGGCGGCGACGUCGCCGGUGGAGCUGGGGUCGCGGGUACUUUGCUGAAUCGGGCCCUUGAACUGUGGUCGAUGGAGGGCCGUGAGCGGGAACAGCAGCAAAUCAUUGAAGGCAGCAGCGUUCGGUCGUCCAGCAGCCGUUCAGCGCAACGCAGCCGCGAACAUGCCAAAGGUCGCGAGCGCCGAGGCGGUGACGAGAGUAAUCGUCGUCGAAUUCGACGCGCCGGCUACGCUGAGGAAUGGACAAGAGACACGGUCUCGCCUUCAGCGACCCCUGAAGUUGCCGAUGUAGAGACCGUGGAGGAGAGGGUUGAACAGGAUCUCGACCGCAAGGCCGAGAGUCUGCUAGGGCGUGUACUAGGCCGUGUUGGGCCUGGGUCACGACAGCGCCGUGCGCAGCAGCAGCAAAGACCAGUCAGCCCUGCUGUCAUGGAUGAUGAUGAGGACGGUAAUGAACCGCGGCUGCGGAGUACGCGCCGCGAACGCACUCAACGAAGCCAGUCACGACAACAGUGA